AAAGCAAGCCUGGGUGUUACGUUUCUCGAACUACGUACAAAAGGUAUGGCCCUGUCAGAUUAUGUCAUACACAUGUAUUGCUUAACUUCAUAGGGGCACAUAAUAAUGGUAUAUUGAAGAUAUUGAUGAUAUUGAAGUCCUCUCCCAAGAAUAAUUAUUUCCUGCCUUGAGCAUUAAGUAUGCUAACGUUAUACAUGUAUAAUAUCUCUCCAGCAACAAAACCAAUGGCGGAAUAUCAUGUUAUUUGUCGGGUCUCUGAAUGUACAUACGUGCGCUUGUGCUUACAGGUUCAGUACAUGUAACGUUAUAUUCAAGUUAUAACAAGAGAAUUCAGGAAGCACGGGGCUCUCCCUAACGGUGGUGGGUAUUCAUUAGCUUGAACAACCAAUAUUUGCAUAUUGCUCCUGUGUAAGAUUGAAUUAUGUUUUGCUGCGUACCAUAUUCAUGUUUCAAUGGAGGAAAAAGCAUUCUUUUCAUAUCUAAAUACACCAAUACGUUAGAAGUGUGAAGGAUUCCAUACUAUUAAGUAAAAGUAUUCGUUUGUAAGGUGAAAGUAAAUGUGAAGGAAAAUGUGAUGGCCGUAUUUGUUUUGUAUGUUUUAUAUCUUUCAAUUACCAGUGAACCCUACAGUAUAUAACAUAAUCGUACUUUCUAACAAUUUUCAGGAUGUACCACGGGCCGACGGCGUUUUACUAUAUUUUUUAUACUUUUAAAAUCCGGCGCCACCUAAGCGUAACGCAUUCGGGAUUCACACGUCAUCCUUAACCUUUGACCUAAAAUAGCCCAUCAACAUGGCGUCGACUGACAACCCUUUCGCGUCCUUACGAGAGAGAAGACCAGAUUCCAACAAGUCUAAAGCCCCUACUGGACAUAUUUUAGGACGAAAAGACACCUCAAAACCUCGUGAAUCGUCAGAACGUAGAUCGGACGCACCGCAGCAGACUUGUAAGGAGUACACGGUGUCUGUUCAGCGGUGGCUGGCGGAGUACUGGCAUCAUGUCGCCUACUGGAACACGGUUCACAACACGAUGGCGAUGCCGAUGUGGUGUGUCGGUGGAGGGCCGGGGCACGGGCAGGUCGUGGCCGGGCAGCAGGCAGCCCAGACGGCCGCCAGGGUUCCUGCCGCAGCAGCGACAACUCCCGGCCCUGUACUGAUGAACGGCGCGCAAGAGCUCAGACAACAACAGCUGCAAGCAGGAAAGGAAUACACCGUCCCGGCAGUCAGUCGCCGUCUGAUGGCAGAGUUCCUCGACUUUCUCAUCCUGUUCCUCAUGAAGCUACUGGUCACCCUGACCAUGAUGCACUUCUACGAGGGGCUGGAUCCUACCAAGUUUGAUAUCAGAAUCGUGCUGGAAGAGAUGGAUGAUGAUGCUUCUCUGGAGGACCUACAGAACAUGCUGGUGUCGGCCAUCAUCUACAGACUCUGUGUCACUGUGUUUGAGGCCGUGUUCUUGAGAGGAAGUGAAGCGGGCAUGGGCGGGGCCACCCCCGGGAAGUGGAUGAUGGGAUUGCAGGUGGUGUCAUGUGACUACGUCCUGCCAUCGACCAAUGGUAACGUCAGGGUGGUCCCAGCAGGGCACAUGGGGUUUGGAAGAUCCAUUGUGCGAGCCCUGAUCAAGAACUUGUCCAUUGCCCUUUUCUUUCCCAUCUGCUUCACUGUGUUCAUCUUCCAGUACAACCGCACAGCUUACGAUGUCAUCGCUGGGUCCAUGGUAGUGGCUAAGCCCAUUAGGGCCAGAAGGAAUGAAUAACACGAUAGCUAUCAUGUUGUGACAAUAUGUAUGGGCAAGGAGUAUGUACCGCCAUGGGACAGAGUAGAAAUUCUAAGCAAUGUUAGAAAGUUAUAUACUAGUAUAUAUUGUAGUGAUUUUAGAUAUGUACUACAUGUACUAGGAUACUAGUACAUGUACAUGUAUUUAAAAGUAGUGAGAAUUCAGUCAACUCUUCUCAGCAGAUUCCAAGUUUGAGAUUUUGCAUGAAUCCACAUUAUGAGCAUACAUCAGUGUGAUCAUACAUAGGAUUGACUUUUUUCCAGUUGACUUGCCAGUGAAUACUUGUAUGUAUGGAACAAAUAUAUUAUUGCCAAAUAACUUGUAUGCUGUACACAGUAGUAGUAAAUACCAUGUGAAAUUCUGUGUAUAGCUUUAAAAUUACUUUCAGUACUGUACAUUGUUACCACACUUGCAGUCAAUGCAUAGCUUUAAGAUUUGUUUUAUAAGUUUUAGUGAUGAAUUGACAGUCAUGUUGUAUAUAAUAGCCUGAUUUUCAUUAUGUAUGUUAGGAUGGACCCUGAAAUAUUUUAAGUCUUCACAAAAAUUCUAUUUUCUCAUCUUCAGUUGCUUACUAGAUGCGUCUUCUAGGAUUCAAAAAUGGAAAAUUUCACAUAGAAGUUUUGGGCUUCCAUUUCUUCAGUUUGCAAUAUGACAAUAGUUGGGAAUAGAUUGUCUUGUGUUCACAUUUGAAAUGUUUUCGUCAGUGGAAAGUGCUCAUUAGCAAGAACCGGUAGUAUGGACAUUGUUGUAUUGUGAAGAAAUGGGAUAAUUCAAGAGAAUUUCAGUCAGCACAGAUGUUAUA